AUGGAUUGCGGAGAGAACCAUGUCCCUGAAUAUUCUAACUUUUCUUCUUCUCUGACCUUGGUGCUGGAUUCCAAUGGAGCCCAGCAUCCUUCUGCUCCUGGGUCUGCUAGGAAAUACUGGGUGCACCUUGGGGACCACAGCCUUCAGAAUGUGGAUGGUACAGAGCAAAUCCGGUGAACUGGGCACUCUGUGAUCCACCCUGGCUUUUGUGCCCAACCAGACAACCUCAAUCAUGACCUGCGUCUACUGUACCUACCCUUCCCUGCCCACAUCACUCGUGCUGUUCAACCCCUGGCUCUGCCUACUGCUUGUGUCAAACCGGGGACACUGUGUCAAGUGUCUGGCUGGGGCAUAACCAAUUCACCUUGGAACAUGUGGCCCCACCCUUUUCUUCCUCACCCAGACUCAGACAAACUCCAGUGCCUAUCCUUGAGGAUCACUCCAGAUAACAUGUGCCAGACUGUGUUCCCUGGGAGGAUUACAGAGAACAUGCUGUGUGCAGGAGGUGAUGUUGGGAGGGAUGCUUGUCAGCUGAACUCAGGAGGACCACUGGUGUGUUACCAUGUCUUGCAGGGCCUGGUGUCAGGGGGUGCUGUAGGUCCCUGUAACCAAACACGCAUCCCUGGAGUUUACACCAGGAUAUGCAAGUAUACAGACUGGUGACGAGAGACAAUGAGGAAGA